AUGGACCUGUCCACGGUCUUCGAAGCCAUGCGGGAGAAAGAAGAGGAGCUUGCAGAGGCGGAGCAACGGCUACUGUUCGACCGGGAUAAUCUCGAAGCGGCGCGCGAACUGAUCCAGGAGCGUGAGGCUCGUCUUGCUGAGAAUCACACAGCUCAGUUGUCUUUACGGGAAGACGCGGAGAAGAUCCGUGCGAAGUUGGCGGAGCAGGCGGAUGAGCUGGUCGCGGCUCGCAAGGAAGUCGAGUUGAGGAAUAAGGAGAUUCGCGAGGCCAAAGAGGGGUUGGGUAAGAAGGAAGAGGAGAUUACUCGUGCUCAUGCGGCGAUUCGAGCGAGGAAUGAGAAGUUGAGACUUGCCGAAGCUGAGCUUCAGGCUCAGGAGAGCCAGCUGGUGGCUGCGACAGCGGAGGUUCGGCAAUUGCGGUUGGAUCUGAGAUCUGCGGUUGCAGAGAAGAAACGGCUGGAGGAGGAGCUGGAGGAAUCGCAGAAGGAGCUGCGACGGCAGGAGGGUAAACUGACCUCUAUGGAAUCCGAUUUGGAGAAAAGAAGCGGCAUUGUGACAGCUGCGCAGAAGGAGAUUAGGAUUCUUCAGAAGCACCUGAAGAACUCGGGAGUAAAAGGAGAGGCUGCGUCCCGCGAGCUUGCUCAAGCUAAGUCAAUGAUCGGUGCGGUGAAGGCGGAAUUAAAGGUGUCCAACGAAGCUCUGAGCAAAUUCCGAUCGGAGGUUCAGGAGCUUAAGGCAUCCGUCGCGAGACGGGAACGCGAGGCGACGAACGCGGCGAUGCUUCUGAAAAAGCGGGAACGGGAGCUGGAACGAGCGAAUGCGGAACUUGCAAAGGAGAAGGAGACGUUGCAAGAAGUCCGCGCCUCGGUUCUGGAUCUCGAGACUAAGUUAAAGCACGAGAUGGAGUCCUGCGAGACGCUCGCGACGGAGGUUCGGGACGCACGGUCGAAGCUUCGCACAGCCAUGUCUGAAGCUUCCGAUCUCCGCAAGAACGUUCGGCAGGCGGAGUCAGAACUCUCAGACGCCAAAAUCUCCCUCCAGCUUAAAGAAGCAGAACUAAUAGGGCUCCGCCUGGAGCUACAAGAAACUGCAUCGGAUCUCUCUAUAGCGAAGCAGGACCUCAAAUCCCGGUCUGAGGACCUCGACGCGGCGGCCAACGCGUUGGAGGGGCUUCGCCGGGAGCUGGCCGCAGUGAAGCUGGAGCUCCAGGUUAAAGAGGAGAGAGUAACCGCGUCGGAUAAGGCUUUGGAGAUGCGGGAUCAGACGAUUGGGGCGCUGGAGGUGAAGCUGGAAGACAGCAACGCGCGCCUGGCGGCGGCAGAAACCGCGGUGGAGCAGAUCGCGGAGCUCUCGCGCAAACUCGCGGACUCCGCGCUCGCCUCCGGCGGGUUCGACAAGGGUGUGCUGCCGUCUGGCAGAGUGGUGCAGAGCGGUGGUGUGGGAUCGGGAGGGUUGAGAGGCGGGAAGAUGCUGGUGGGGGAGAGCGUGCUGUUGGCUGAGACGAACCGAGAGCUGUUUGCGGCGAGCCGUACGCUGCUGGAGAAGGAGCAUGGCAUGCAGCUGCUGCAGGAGCAAGAGCGAGAACAGAGGGCGCAGAACGAACGCCUAUUGGAGCAGCUCCGGGCAGCGAGGGCGGCGCUGGGGGAGAAGCAAACCGAGCUGGACUCCGUGAAAUUCCUGCUAGCCGAGCGCGAGGAGGAGAUCCGGCAGCUGACGGCGCGGUGGGAGGAGCGGGAGGCGGCGCUGACGUGCAUGCGCGCGGAGGUCAUCAGCGGAGCUAGAGAAAUUGCACAGCUGCGGGACGUGAUCAAAUCCGCCUCGUCGCGCCAGGCAGGGCAGGUCGAGGUGUCGGAGGAGGUGUCACAGGCGGAUCUGGUGGCGCAUGAAGUGGUGAAGCUGGAACUCGAGGUGGCAAAAGUGGAGGUCGAAACGGCCAUGUCAGCCCUGCAGGGCCUGGCGGAUCUGAGUGCACAGCUCAAGGCAGACGCAGACGACCGCAUGCUGCUGCUGCCCGCAUCCCCACCCGACUCCUCCACUUCUUCCGCCGGCCAACAACACGACUCUCAUCCUGCUCUGGCUUCUGCCGCUGCUGUGAGGGCAUCAGGAACAGUCGCCCAACAGGGGGUGGAUGAAGAGGAGCAGCAGCGGGUGCAAUGGCAGCAGAAGGAGCAGGAGGAGCGGAGGCAGAGGGAGGAGGAGGAGAGGGAGGAGGCACGGAUGCAGCAGCAGCUGCAGGAGAGGGACAAUGCGCUGCGCAUGGCGGUGCGUGCCAUGUCCAACCUCACGCGCCUCACACAGAAGCUUGCAGCUGACGCCCAGGCAGAGCUCUCAGGAGAAGAGCCGGUGCUGCAGAUGUAG